AUGAAGUCUGGGGAUGUUCCAAUUCGAAUAUCCAGUGCAUGUCCAUGCCCAUCAGGUUCGCCAAACAUUCGCCUAGCCCUUGUUGUUCUCAGUGUUGGCAUAGCUAGUCAUUUUAUGCUCUACUUGGAUAGUGUGAUGGACAACCUGCUGCCAGCUGCACGGCCUUUUCUUAUGACGAUAUAUAAGAAUAAAGACGAUGGUAAAGUUUACCCUGAAGUUGUUCUCGUUAAACUAAUCCAGUAUGUUGCAGCUGAUAUUGCUUGGGAAUUGAUGGCGACAUGGUCGCAAGUAUCCUGUCGUGUUAGACUAGGAAUGUUAGCAGCUACUAUCGGUCGAUUCAUUAACGGUUGUGGACAGGGUAUUGUACAGACGGCCGGCUCCGUUAUGCUUGCCGAACUGCCACCAAUUCAGUAUAGAGGCAUGGCUUUGGCAACUCUCGUAAGAUUCACUUCUUAA